CCAUAAUCAGCCUUGGCAGGAAGCUGGGUAUUUCGGAGAGAUGGGUGUUGGAGGUCCCUGAGAUCAGACAGGGGAGCAGCUCCAUGUAGCCCUCCUGCCUCUUCCAGUAACUGGCCAAAGUGAUGUGGUUUUCUCUUUCCAAAUAAAGAAUUAAUUUUCAAAAAUUGGCACAAGGCUCUGCCAUUUCUGCAUUGGUCUGAGAUAAACCAAGUCUUGUCAAGUUUAACCACACAUGUACCUCUGGGGCACUGAGGUAAGUUAUCCCUGUCAUUGUCACCCAGGAAAGCCUCAUUAGUCUUCAGGGCUUCAUUUCCACAGAAAUAAUCCAUUCUCUGUCAUUUCCUCCGAAGUUCAGAGAAACUGGCAUGGCUCUUCCACUUUUAAACCUCAUAUUUUCCUUUCCAAAUGAAAAUAAAUCACAUUUGUUAACUGAGUACCCACUAGAACUAAGAGAUCCUUGUCUUUAAGGAGAUCAUAGUCUGGAACAAAUUCUGAAAUGCCAUACAAUGAUUCAGAUUAUGUGGUCUAGAACCUCAGAAACCACCUCUGAUAUGCAUAGCUAACUUCUUAGAUAAAAAGUUGCAUUUGAUAUUAAAUAACCACCAAAAAGUAAUUGACAUAUGUAUUCCUGGCUAUACUGUGAUCAUGAAUUCUUAGAUAUAUAUAUAUAUAUGAUAUAGUUUCUAGUAAGGAAAUACUUACCUUUCUCUAUAUAUCUUCCUCCUUUGAUGUGACAUAGGCAGAUAGAUAUCUCUAUAAGACAUACUUCUUUCUCCUUACUAGAAAUUUGUUUUUUCUCCUGUUGAGCAAACCCUGUUCUUUGGUUACAUCAAAUCAUAAUUACAAUAAUUUGAAAAUUCAAAAAAUAAAAUUUAAUUUUAAACUUCUUUUGGGUAUAGCAGUUUGAUAACUAUACAUAAACGGCUUUAGACGCUAUUGUCAAACUCUCAUAAUUCUCUCCUGAUAAAAGUAGAUUGGGGCCCACGGCCCGGGCGGCUCGUCGGCCCCGUCCUGCCGGGCUGGGCGCUGGCUCGCGCGGAGCGGCACCUGCGCAGGAGGCGUCCGGGCGCCGUGCGGUCGCAGGGGGCCGGGGCGCCGCCGAGCGAGCGGGGGCCGCGGGCAAGUGCGAUGAGGCGGCGGGCGGGCGCGGAGAGGCGGGGCCCGCGUGGAGUCACGCGGGCGGCCGAGUGGCUCCCGGGGCUGCUCUGCCAGCUUGCGCUCGUCGUCACCAGGUCGUGGGAAGUUCGCCUCCACCCGCAGCAAGAAGCCCUGGUGCGGACCCUGGACCCCUACGAGGUGGUGGCCGGUCACCGAGCUGGGCUAAGUGUUCCCGCAGGGCCGCCACUUCAGCCGCAGGAGGCGCCGGAGCCCCCGCCGCGCAGGACCCACUACCGCAUGCGCGCCUACGGGCAGCUCUUCCAGCUCCACCUGCGCGCCGACACCGCCUUCCUGGCCGCGGGCUACGCGGAAGAGCACCCGUGCGGGAGCGGCGCCAGGCGGCGCCCGCGGACCUGCGCCGCUGCUUCUACCGCGGCCAGGUCAACGCGCAGCGGGCGCGCACGGCCGUCUUCAGCCUCUGCGGGGGCCUGAUGGGAACAUUUUGAGCCCCUGAUGAAGGCGGACGGGAGUGAGCAUGGCGAUGAUUCCAGGAAGCCACAUCUUAUAUACAGACGGGAAUUAAAGAGGAGCUAUUUUCUGCAAUCUCACAAGCCUUGUGAGGUUUCAGAAAUUUAAAUAAAGAAAACCACUUUACCCUUCACAAACAUAGCAACAUGCAGGAAGAUCUUAAUAUAAAGAAGGGAAUAAUUUUAGGAGACCCUUCAAACAGUAUGUCUUUGGAACAUGUAAGAAGUCAAUUUAUAUUCCAGGAAGAAACGUUUUUUUUAUCAUAUCCAAGAUACGUGGAAGUUAUGGUUACAGCUGAUGCUAAAAUGGUUCGUCAUCAUGGACAGAAUUUGCAGCACAAUGUACUAACUCUAAUGUCAACUGUCACAUUUCAGAUGACCUCUGAAGUACCUGUGUUAAGUGCUUUCUUUAUUUUCAUUCCAAAUAAUUUUAUGGUUAUGUAUCUAUAUUAUUAGUGAUAAACAGUGAUCACAACUGUAUUUGUGGAUAUAAACAAUGUGAAAGCACCUUGGAGAAAGAACAGAUGCUCCCUAUUUUGUCUGGGACUUUCCUGGUUUUAGUGUUAAAUAUCUCACGUCUCUUGAAACACCUCUGUCCUGGGCAAACUGGGAGAGUUGGUCACAGUUCAUAGAGAUUGUCAAAGCUAGUCAACUUGUUGAAUAUCUUUCUCUGUGAAGUCCAAGUCCAGAGCUGCUCUGAAGUAGUAAGAGGAAUACUUGUGGAAGGAAGUUGAAGGAGCCCAUUCAGGAUUUGCAUAUUUUGUCCUAAUUUCAGGGAGGCACUAACUGCAUUUAUUUAAUCACCCACUCACGAUAUUGGUACUGUUCUUGGUCGUGGUAAUUUAGGAAAAAGAAAAAAUGUGACUUAGACUUGAAAUAUGAUUGUGAGCCAUUUAAGGAAAAGUUCAAAGUGAUGAGAAGUUGUUUUUUGUCUGUUGGCUUCAGGUAUAAGGGGGGAAGUGGCUGAAUGGUCUCAAUGCUGAGUUAAGUGCAUUAUAUACACAAUUUAGAGAGAGGAUUAUCUACCCUUACCCAUCCCUCCCGAAGUAAACAGUGCUGUUGUCCUACACUUUUUCUUUGCUUUCAACAAUUUAACAAAAUUUCUAAGUGUAGUGAUGAAUAAAUAAUGUAUGACUUAAUUCACUUUCUAGAGUGUUGUGCUCAUGCUGUAGAAGUAGUUUAGUGAUCUGCAUUCAAAAGGUUUCUGGGAUUAAAACUGACAUUAGGAAGGACACAGCUGUGUAUAGCACAUCUAAUGAAAUAAGUUUAAAUGAACAGAGUUGUUCAAUUAUUUGCUAUUCAAAAGCUUUUAUCGUUAGAAAAUUUGGGUGACAGUAUUAGGCUAAAAUGGUACUUACAUAUGCAUUAUUAAGCCACCAAAGUAUGUGUAAACUAAAACAUUACUUCGACAGAUUUGAUACUUAAUGACUUACUAUUUAAUAAACCUUAAACAUAUUUACUGUAUGUCAGAGAUGUCUACACUCCAUUGUGUUUACAAAUGUUUGAGUUCAUAAAAUUCACCUUGUUACAGAUUUAAUAAUGUAAAUUUAAGGACUACAAUGUGAUCAUCAGGAAUAAGCCUUAUAUAUUAAACCAUGGUUGAUAAAUGCUUCUAAUAAUAACUAAAAACCUUUACUUGGAUAGGGAAAAUUUUCAGCCACACUAAAAUGAAAAGUAAUGAUACACUUUGACAGUUUAGGUAUAACCAUUUAUGUUACCUUUUCCUUCAACUCUGUGCUCUGCUUCUUAAUUCUUUGUACAUAUUUACUUUGUAAAUAAAUGGAAUGUCAGCUUUUUCUGACAUAAAGGAUCUUUCUGGUGAGAAUAGUGAUCUUUGUAAACAAAAUCUCUUCAGUUUGUUAAAAUCAGUGUUUUAUAGAUGACUUUGAAGGUGAAGGUUGUCAAAAGGUAUAAACUUCCUGUUACUGAUAAGUCCUGGAGAUGUAAUGUACAGCAUGGUGACUAUAUUUAACAAUAUUGUAUGUUUGAAAGCUGCUUCAGAGAGUAGAUCUGAAAACAUUUUCUUCAUAAGAAAAAAUUUGUAACUGUGUGGUGAUACAUAUUAACUAAACUUAUUGUGGUAAUUGUUUUGCAUUUCAAAUCAUGUUUAUACCUAAAACUCAGUUACCGUUAAUAAAAAUGGCUAAAAUGAUUAAAAAAAAGAAGUACAUUGGGGAUGAACAGAAAGGACAACACUAGAAGAGAAGUAAGAGGCCUUUUUUGUUGUGUUUUGUGGUCAUUUCUUGAAUGGGAUUUCCUAUACACAGCUUGGAUCUAGAAGCUAAAGGGAGGUAAACUUGUAGAAGAAGGUAUUUUAAGAGCUAAUUAACCUGUAUAAGAUAAAUAAAUCCACGGCAAGAAGGAAUCUUUACGAUUGUAAGUUAGAGCAUUUUUGCCUUAUUAUAGAUCCAAGUAUAAUAAAAAUUGAUGUAUAUUUUCUCAGGAUUUAAAAGUACGAGAGAAGAAUUUCCCACACAGAAUUUGAUUUUGUGCACAUCAUCAGAUUUCUCCCUUGAGAUACAAAACAAGAAGCAACAGAGAAAAGAUCCCAGUUGAACCAAAGCCACAAGGAUAUCUGAUGCACUGGCAUUAGUGGUUUUAUUCUUCUUGCAAA